AUGGCGGUACACAAAACCCACGAAGCUUCUCCCUUGUCUAGUGCUUUUCCAAUGUACAGCUCUAAAUAUUCGAGUCAUGUCACUGAAGAAGAUUCAGACGACAUAAACCAUACAACAAAACACAAAAGAACCAACGCUUUGCUCACUAAUUCUGCUUCAGCUCACGAUUUGAGAUGUCUACAGAUGGAGAAAGAGAAGCAAGAUCCUAGAUCACCGAGAGGAGCCCUCGAAGCCUGCUUAAACCGAUGCUCAAUCUCAUCCACUUCGUCUUCCACAGACGAUCCUCCUCCAAAUAGAGAAGCUACCGAAAACGCAGACGUAGAGCCACGUUGCAAGAAUCACAGAGCACAUUCGAACUGGGGAAAAUUCUUCAAGCUAUGGAAACGCAGAUCCAUGAAACGCCUCUCUUCAUUCCCUCCAUUAGGCGGCGGCGUUCCAGCGAUCUCCAAACGCAACAAAAACGCAGAUCCACACAUUGGUGGUAUGAACCUUCACGACAUCUACGAUUUCCAAUCAUCUCUCCACAGCUUCUCUAUCUCCGACCUCGAAAUAGCAACUGACUAUUUCAACCCUGAAAACAUAAUCGGAAGAGGCGGUUUCGCGGAGGUCUACCAAGGAAUCUUACCGGAAGGGAAACUAAUCGCUGUGAAACGUCUCAACAAAGGCACACCGGAGGAGCAAACAUCAGAGUUCUUGUCGGAGAUUGGGAUUAUUGCUCAUAUUGAUCAUCCAAACACCGCUAAAUUCAUCGGUUGUUGCAUCGACGGUGGAAUGCAUCUCGUUUUCCGGCUAUCUCCUCUUGGAAGCCUAGGCUCUCUCCUCCAUGGACCGUCAAAAUAUAAGCUGAGUUGGAGCAAACGUUACAAGGUGGCGUUAGGAACAGCAGAGGGUUUAGUGUAUCUUCAUGAGGGUUGUCAAAGACGAAUCAUUCAUCGAGACAUCAAAGCCGAUAACAUUCUACUAACCGAGGAUUUUCAACCGCAGAUUUGCGAUUUCGGUUUAGCCAAAUGGCUUCCCAAGCAAUUGACUCACCAUAAUGUAUCCAAGUUCGAGGGAACAUUCGGGUACUUUGCGCCGGAAUAUUUCAUGCACGGAAUUGUAGAUGAGAAGACGGAUGUUUUCGCCUUUGGAGUUCUUCUCUUGGAGCUCAUAACCGGCCAUCCUGCUCUUGACGAGUCUCAGCAGAGCCUUGUCAUGUGGGCCAAGCCGUUGCUAGUGAAGAAAGAUAUAGAGCAAUUAGUGGAUCCGUCUCUUGGAGUUGUAUACAACCGGGAAGAGCUUAUCCGGUUAACUUCGACGGCUUCUUUAUGCAUCGAGCAGUCUUCUCUUCUAAGACCUCGGAUGAGCCAGGUUGUGGAAUUAUUACAAGGUCAAGAAGGUGUCGUUAUGACUCCAAGAGAAGCCAAGAGAACGAUGAUGCAACGAACGUACUCUGAAGAAUUAUUCGAUACUGUAGAGUAUAACUCCACUAAGCAUUUGAGAGAUCUUGAUCGCAUCCGAGAGGUUGCUCUAGCUUCUUGA